AUGAAAUUUAAACUAGUAUCAGACUUUAAGCCAACUGGAGACCAACCUAAUGCAAUUAGAGAAUUAGUAGAGGGGGUUAACGAUGGAGUGGAAAGUCAAGUGCUUUUGGGAGUAACAGGAUCAGGAAAGACUUUUACGGUAGCUAAUGUUAUUCAGGAAACAAACAAACCGACCUUGGUUCUCUCACAUAAUAAGACUCUAGCAGCUCAAUUAUUUGAAGAGUUUUCUAAUUUUUUUCCUGAAAAUCGAGUAGAAUAUUUUGUUUCGUAUUACGAUUAUUAUCAGCCUGAAGCUUAUUUGCCUACAACGGGAACGUAUAUAGAGAAAGAUUUAUCUAUUAAUGAUGAGAUAGAAAAGCUGAGGCUAAGAGCCACUUCGGCUCUGUUGUCUGGUCGUAAAGAUGUAAUAGUAGUUUCUUCCGUUUCUUGUAUUUAUGGGAUUGGAAAUCCAACAAAUUUCAAGGAUAGUAUUUUGGAGAUUAAAGCUGGUUUGGUAGUAACUCGAAAUACUUUUUUAGCUCAAUUGGUAGAUAAUUUAUACUCCAGAGCAGGGUUGGAUUUUGAAAGAGGAACUUUUCGAGUUAAAGGGGACACGGUGGACAUUAAUUUACCUUAUGCUGAUUUUUCUUUAAGAAUUAGUUUUUGGGGGGAUGAAAUAGAAACAAUAGAGACAAUAGAGACUGAUUCUGCACGAAGAAUUGAAAAAUUUUCUGAAUACAGUAUAUACCCUGCUAAUAUUUUUGUGACUUCAAAAGAGACUAUUCAAGGGGCUAUUCAUGAAAUACAGGAAGACAUGGUGUCUAGAGUAGAGGCUUUUAAAGCUGGAGGACAACAUUUAGAAGCUAAACGAUUGGAAGAGAGAGUGACACUGGAUUUGGAAAUGAUAAGAGAAUUAGGAUAUUGUUCUGGGAUAGAAAAUUAUUCUCGUUAUUUUGAUGGUCGUGUUCCAGGGUCUAGGCCUUUCUGUUUAUUAGAUUAUUUCCCUGAUGACUUUAUGAUGGUGAUAGACGAAAGUCAUGUAACCCUACCUCAAAUUAGAGCCAUGUAUGGAGGCGAUAGAUCUAGAAAGAUUAACCUAGUUGAAUACGGCUUUAGAUUACCUUCAGCUAUGGAUAAUAGACCUUUGAAAUUUGAAGAGUUUGAAUCCAUUACUAAACAAACUCUUUAUGUGUCAGCUACUCCAGCAGAUUAUGAGCUGGAAAAAUCUGAAGGUGUAUUUGUAGAGCAAUUGAUUCGUCCGACAGGAUUAUUAGAUCCUAAAAUAGAAGUAAGGCCUAGUAAAAAUCAAAUUGAUGAUUUGUUAGAGGAAGUCCAUCAAACUGUUGCUAAAAACGAACGAGUUUUAGCAACAACUUUAACUAAGAGAAUGGCCGAAGAACUUCAGAAAUACUUGGAAAAGGUGGGAGUGAAGAGUCGAUACAUUCAUUCGGAUGUUGAUACACUUGAUCGCAUAGAAAUUAUACAAGAUUUACGAAAAGGAGUGUACGAUGUUUUAGUAGGAGUUAAUCUGUUAAGGGAAGGAUUAGAUCUUCCUGAGGUAUCUCUAAUUGUUAUUUUGGAUGCAGACAAAGAAGGCUUUUUACGUUCAGAGAGAGCAUUAGUCCAAACUGUUGGGAGAGCUGCGAGGAAUGUUAAUGGUAGAGUAAUUAUGUAUGCAGAUAAAAUGACAAAUUCCAUGCAAAGGACAAUUGAGGAGACGGAACGAAGACGUGCAGUACAGAUGGAAUACAAUAAAAAACACGGUAUUACCCCAACUGCAAUUAAGAAAAAUUCAGAGAGUAAGCCCUACCAGUUUGAAAAUAAUUUAGAGAAGGUUCAUACAAUUGCAGCGGAAGAAGAGGUAGAAUAUUUGACAAAAAAUCAAUUGGAGAAUAACAUCAAGAUGACCCAAAAGGCCAUGGAAAAGGCAGCUAAAGAGUUUGAUUUUGUUGAAGCUGCUAAACUGAGAGAUCAUUUAAAGGUUCUUAAGAAACAGGUAGCUAACUAA